AUGUCUUCUCCACCGCCGGGAACUUCGCCGGCACCCACCGCGCCAGCAACACCGCCGCCCACUACCACCACUACACCACCACCCGCUGCUUCUGCCCCACCUCCGUCCACCCCCGCUUCUCCCCCACCUGCGUCCACCCCACCUCCAUCCACUCCGGCUUCUCCACCGCCAGUAGUUCCAACCCCGCCAACCCCUGUCUCUUCUCCUCCGCCCCCUAAUACUCCAGCUCCUUCCACUUCCCCUCCCGCGCCACCCACAACCACCUCUCCGCCCCCUUCCACUCCUACCGGACCAUCGCCUCCGUCACCAUCCGGUUCUACGCCAACUAACCCGCCGCCUCCAACUCCUAGAAACAGUCCACCUUCUCCUCCGGGACGAACUACACCCUCUCCACCGCCUCCGAGGAGUGUGUCUUCUAGUCCUCCGGCCGCCCCCUCGUCCAAUAGUUCAUCCGGAAUUUCGACGGGGGCUGUGGUCGGAAUCGCUAUCGGUGGAGUUCUGAUACUCGCGGUGUUGAGUAUUUUCUUUAUUUGUUGUAAAAAGAAGAAAAGAAGAAGCUAUGGCCCUGCUGAUUUCUAUGUUCCUCCACCCCCUCCUCCUAAAGUUGAUCCUUAUGGCGGUCAACCUCAACAAUGGCAGCAUAAUGCACCUCCUCCCGGUGAUCAUGUCGUUAUGAUGCCACCGCUGAAACCGCCGCCACCAAUGGCAGCACGACCACCACAGUCACCAGUUAGAUCACCACCACCACGGCCGCCAUUUAUGAGUAGCAGCGGUGGUUCAGGAUCCAAUUACUCUGGUGGUUCAGAUCUACAUCCACCACCUGCUCCCGUUUUAUCGUUAGGUUUCUCCAAAAGUACAUUCACCUACGAAGAGUUAGCAAUGGCGACCGAUGGAUUUUCCGAUGCCAACCUCCUUGGUCAAGGUGGGUUCGGAUAUGUGCAUAAAGGGGUGCUUCCCAAUGGAAAAGAGGUCGCCGUGAAAUCGUUGAAAGCCGGCAGUGGACAGGGAGAACGUGAGUUUCAGGCGGAGGUUGAGAUCAUUAGCAGAGUUCAUCACAAACAUCUGGUUUCGUUGGUCGGAUAUUGCAUCUCAGGCGCUCAAAGAAUGCUUGUUUAUGAGUUUGUUCCAAAUAACACCAUGGAGUUCCACUUGCAUGGGAAGAAUCGACCCGUGAUGGAGUUCUCAACACGAUUGCGAAUUGCGCUUGGAUCGGCCAAAGGACUAGCUUAUCUCCAUGAGGACUGCCAUCCCAAGAUCAUUCAUCGCGAUAUUAAGGCUGCUAACAUUCUUCUUGAGUUCAAUUUUGAAGCAAAGGUUGCUGAUUUUGGGCUUGCCAAGAUUACUUCGGAUGUUGCUACCCAUGUCUCAACCAGAGUCAUGGGAACUUUCGGUUACCUAGCACCAGAGUAUGCGGCUUCAGGCAAACUAUCGGAGAAAUCUGAUGUUUUUUCGUAUGGUGUCAUGCUCUUAGAACUGAUUACCGGGCGCAGACCUGUUGAUUCCGCUAAUACUUUUAUGGAUGAUAGCUUAGUUGAUUGGGCAAGGCCAUUGCUAACCCGAGCCCUGGAAGACGGAAACUUUGACGCCAUUGUUGAUUCACGUUUACAAAAAGACUACAACCCGAGUGAGAUGGCUAGGAUGGUGUCGUGUGCCGCUGUUUGUGUCCGCCACUCUGCUCGCCGCCGGCCCAAGAUGAGCCAGGUGGUUCGAGCCUUAGAAGGCGACGUUUCUCUGUCUGAUCUUGAUGAGGGGAUCAGGCCAGGACACAGCUCAGUCUACACCUCCCAUGGGAGCUCAGACUACGAUACAACCGAAUAUAACAAAGAUAUGAUCAAGUUCAGGAAAAUGGCUCUCGGCACGCAAGAGUAUGCGAGCAGCGAGUACAGCCGGCCCACGAGUGAAUACGGGCUGAACCCAUCUGGGUCAAGUAGUGAAGGGCAGAAUACAAGGGAAAUGGAGAUGAGCAAAUUGAAGAAAGAUAGUCGAGGUUUCAGUGAUGGAUUUUGAUCAGAAUUGUACAGAAAGUUUAAUGCUGAUUCUUGAUUAAUUUGAAUUUGUAUUAAAUUUGAUUUGGGUUUUUUUUUUUUAAACGAUAUAAUGAUAUACGAUUCUUUAAUUUGAAA